GACACAAACAUAAACACGUGAUCUUAAAACGCUGAGGCGGGACAGCGAGGCUCAGUUCGCUCAGAGACUUCACAGAAGCCGGAUCGAUCCUAACAUGCGCAUCUUCCUCCACGAGCUGGACGAUUUGAGUGUAACGUUGACACGUGUGAGCUUCUUCCUCCACACGACUCUGCUCUGGACGACAGAAGCUUUUCCAGCUCAGUCUGUGGUGAUGGCUUCUCCUCGCCUCAUCUCCUCGGCCCCGGGUGAUGACGUGGUGCUGCGCUGUCACCUGGAGCCUCCGGUCGACAUACAGGCUCUGACGGUGGAGUGGUCCAAACCCGACCUCCGGCCCGACCCGUCGGAUCCGCUGAGGCGGGUCCAGUACGUGCACGUGCACCGUAACGGAGGCGAAGUGACAGACAUGAAGCUCAGGUCGUACGCUGGGAGGACGGAGCUGCUCACGGAGCAGCUGAGACAUGGGAACGUAUCCCUGAAGAUCCUCAACGUGACGCUGGCAGACGCAGCCAGAUACAGAUGCUUCAUCCCCAAGUUAAAGAGCGCAGUGAGGGAGGCCACGGUGCAGCUGGUGGUCGAUCCUAACUAUAUUGGAGAGCCAACAGAACCACAGCUCAGUCCCAGAGAUUCACAAACUCCAGAUCCUGAUGAAAACUUGGACCCAACAGGUCGGCCCGGUCGGAGUCAUGUGAUCCCAGCUGUGAUUUUCAGCGUUGCGGUUAUUCUUGGAUUUGGAAUCGGAUGUUUUCUAAAACACAACAACCACAGGCAAACAACGUCCACAACGCCUGGAUAAACACUGGUUCUCUCACUUGGCAGAAUCACCUAGAGACACUUUAUCGAUGGCCAUCUUUACUUACCUUUGCUGUUUCCUGUGAAAAUGAAGAUGUCCAAUUGUGGAAUGUUUUCCUCAACUAUAGAUUUUUAAUUUGAGAAAAAUCUAAAGCUCACCUGGAGACAACACCUGCUGUUCUGACAAACAUCAGCAAUGGGCUGUAAACGAUGAAAGGACUCAUUCAGACUCAUCUGUUCAUGAUCCUCAGGAGAUUUACCUGAGACAUUUUCCUCUUCUGGUUCUAACCUUGAAUCAUGGGAUUAUAAAUGAAGACUGUGGCCACAAGCUUCGCUCUUUGAUCUUUCUGUUAUAGCUUAUUCUCAUUCGUAGGAGAAAUGUUUUGCAAUAUAAGUAGAAGACAAACCAUUUACGAGUAAAGUGCUGACGUGGAGCCAUGGAUGGGAUGGAAACUCCUUCAGCCUUCUCAGACAUCAGAGUCAACGCUGGAGCUUUGACGUGUUUAAAUCAUGAAGCCAUUUUAUACAUUCAAGGAUCAAUGAACUCUGAUUUUAAAGUUACUCACUGAAACUCAAUAUACCUCAAAGUACAAAGUGUAUCAAUAUCACUGGAACGGCUUUAGCUGAUACAAUCACCGUGUUAUAACUGCUUUUGUAUUUGAUGAUUCUUGGACCAGUUCGAGAGUUUUACAGACAAAGUAUUUUUAUGAGAACUGUCUUAACAGUGUCAUCACUAGUUGACGACAAACAAUAACUAUGCUGGACAUUAGUUUCUGUUCACCUGUUUAGAGACAUUUAAAUUGAACCAUUAAGUGUCAUGAAGGAGGUUUUGUGGUUGUUCCUUAUUGAUCAGUGGCUGAAUAGGAGUCAACCUGUGUAUCAUGCGAUUCGCUGUGCUGCUCCGCUUGGUGUCUGAUUAUUGCUGCAGCUCCGUUCACUCUUUAUUGGGUCAGGACUUCUUUGCCCUUUAACGUAGUUUUAUUGUAGUUGCCUGUUAUGUGUCACUGAAUAAAGAUCUGACUGUAGCAUUUA